AGAAUCUGAAAUUAAAAAAAGAAAAUUAUUUGACGAUGAAAAAUUAUGAACUAUUUUAAAUUGACCGGGAAAAAUUAACAAUUUGUCGGGUAGACAUCCUGUUUUAUUGUUUAGUUUAUUGAUGUAGAUUGCAUGUUUUGUGGUUGUUCUUAAAAAUUGGUAACAAAACUUUCCAGACAGAAUAAUCUUCUCAACUGUCGAUCGACUUGUCUGAAACUUGCACAAAGUAGAAGAGAAGAAACUUUGAUCGCAAGCACGUUUGAUUAUUAGAAACUGAUUUUUUUUUUCGUUAGAAACUAAUUUUUUUUUUAAGAGACUAAUUUUUUUAAUUCCUCAAGUAUCAUUAUUAUGAUUAUUAUUAUCUGUUCGAUUAUUUUGGCAAUUUGUGAAUGUUCGAGAUAAAGAGGAGCAAAAAAGAUGAAGAAGAUACAGUAUUAGGUGGAAUUACACGACAUACCUGUGCUGUUUGAAAAAUUCCCUCAUCAUUGGAUGUACGUAUUCAAUUCGAUUUUUAACUAAGUGAUUUAAGUGAGACGUGGGACGAAUUUGUCCGACUGACUUCGUUAUGAAUAAUAAUAAUAAUAAUUUAAUAAACUGCUAUUACAAUAUUCGACUGUAAGAUGAUGUCUGAUAGGAAUUUGAAGAUGUGCUGAUUGUAGCAUCAUCGUGUUGUGUCAUCGCAUUGUCGCGUCAGGCGGAGAGGGUUGCCACUCUAACUACUGGCCAAUUACAUAGCUCUUCGUAAACGUUCUAAAUGGCAAUACGAGAGAGUUAACGACGCAAAGGUGCAAUUUAUUUUUCGCAUGGACCUGGGAGAAUGCCCCCAGAUUCACGACUUGGCCCUUCGGGCUGACUUCGAGGCUGCUCAGAAGAAGAAGGAUCACUUCUAUGAUAUUGACGCAAUGGAGCACCUGCAGAAUUUUAUCGCCGAUUGCGACAGUCGAACAGAGUCGGCGAAGAAAAGAUUGGCCGCAACUCAGGACGUGCUGAGUGCCGAAGUGACAGCCAAAGCGAACAGUGUCCACGUCCUGGCCGAGGAGAUUGGUAAAAAGCUGGCAAAGGCCGAGCAGCUCGGCGAGGAAGGAUUUGUGGAGGAGUCGAUGAAGUUGAUGGGUGAAAUUGAUGAGUUGCGAAAAAAGAAAAACGAGGCGGAACAGGAAUAUCGAAACAGCAUGCCAGCGUCGAGUUAUCAGCAGCAGAAGUUGCGUGUCUGCGAGGUGUGCAGUGCCUAUCUUGGCAUUCAUGACAACGAUCGACGACUGGCCGAUCACUUUGGCGGUAAAUUGCAUCUGGGAUUCAUAAAAAUCCGGGAGAAAUUGUCGGAGCUGGAGAAGACGGUGGAGGACAGACGCCGAGAGAAACGGGACACGAUGAUGGACAGGGACAGGGACAGGACAAGGGAUCGAGAUCGUGAUCGGGACAGGGAGAGAGGACGAGACCGGGACAGGGAACCUCGUGAUCGAGAUCGUGAAAGGCAGGACAGAAGUCGAUCGCGACACAGGGACAGAGAACGCGAUCGCGACAGGGAUCGUGAGCGUGAUCGCCGAGACAAAGACAGAAGGAGAUCCCGAUCUCGAAGUCAUAGUCGAGGAAAAAGUUCCAGGUCAAGACGAUCGCGCAGUGGCAGCCGAAAUCGUAGGUCUCGUUCCCGACGUAGCGGAUCGAAUGAUCGAAAAAAAUAAGACGACCGAAGGCAGUGCUAAAUUCCUAAAACAUACUAGUGCAACAUAACUUGCACACAUGAUAAAUAUAAAUAAAUAUUUGAUAGCUGCAGUUUUUCAAAUCACCACGAAUAAUCAUGUGCGUCAGAAGGAGGAGACUCAUUAUUUUCAGGGAUGCGUGUAACAAGAAACAUGGUUUAUUAAAAAUAGAACAAGAUUUCGGAUUAAUUGGUAAACACGCUGUCCAUCAAAGUUCCGUAUUAGAAUGUAUAAUUUUAUUGAUCUUAUUAUUAUUAUUAUUAUUAUUAUAUAAAUAUGUCUAUUUAGAAAGUUAA